AUGUCUGCUCCAUUAGAUGCUUCAAAAUUAGUUAUUGAAAAAACUACAACACCAAAACAAAAACAUGCAAAAGAAGAUUUAAUAUUUGGAAAAUAUUUUACUGAUCAUAUGUUAGAAAUAGAAUGGGAUUCCAAAAAUGGUUGGGGAAUUCCUAAAAUUUCACCAUAUCAUAAUUUAAGUUUAGAUCCAGCAACAUGUGUAUUUCAUUAUGCAUUUGAAUUAUUUGAAGGUAUGAAAGCUUAUAAAGAUAAGGAAGGUAAUAUAAGAACAUUUAGAGGUGAAAAAAAUAUGAUUAGAAUGAAUAAAUCAGCAAAAAGAAUUGCAUUACCUGAAUUUAAUGGAGAUGAAUUACAAAAAUUAAUUGAUAAAUUAUUAAUUUUAGAUCAUGAAUUUAUACCUGAAGGAGCUGGAUAUUCAUUAUAUUUAAGACCAACAUUAAUUGGUACUUCUUCUGGUUUAGGUGUUGGUACUCCAGAUAAAGCUUUAUUAUUUGUUAUUGCAAGUCCAGUUGGUCCUUAUUAUAAAAAUGGUUUUAAACCUGUAUCAUUAGAAGCUACUGAUUAUGCUGUUCGUGCUUGGCCAGGUGGGGUUGGAGAUAAAAAAUUAGGAGCAAAUUAUGCUCCUUGUAUUUUACCACAAAAAGAAGCUGCUUCAAAAGGAUUUGAUCAAAAUUUAUGGUUAUUUGGUGACGAAGGAUAUAUUACUGAAGUUGGUACAAUGAAUGUAUUUUUUGUUAUAAAAAAUAAAGAUGGAAAAAAGGAAUUAAUAACAGCUCCAUUAGAUGGUACUAUAUUAGAAGGUGUUACAAGAGAAUCUAUAUUAGAAUUAUCAAGAGAAAGAUUAGAUCCAAAAGAAUGGAUUAUAAGUGAACGUAAAUUUACUAUACAUGAUGUUAAAAAAGCAGCAGAAGAAGGAAAUUUAAUAGAAGCUUUUGGUGCAGGAACAGCAGCUGUUGUAUCACCAAUUAAAAAUAUUGGUUUUAAAAAUCAAGAUAUUCCUGUACCUGUAAAAUUAGGUAAUUCUGGUGAAUUAACUUCUCAAGUUGCAGAAUGGAUAAGAGAAAUUCAAUAUGGUGAAAAAGAAUUUAAAAAUUGGUCCAGAGUAGCUAAAUGA